AUGGGUAUUAAGGACAAAGCAAAGAGAGUCUCCAAGUACUUCAUCAACGAACAGGAGAGCACCGCUGCCAAUGGCACUGCCAAGGGUGACAAGGCCGAUGCUGCCGACGCUGUUGAUAAGGCUGACGCUGACAAGGUUGACGCUGAGGGCGCACCCGACAAGGCUGCCCCUGCCACCGAAGAGGCUAAGGACAAGGUCGAGCUGACUGCAGCCGAUGCCGAUAAGGCUGUUGCCUCUGAGGCCGCUGGCACUGAGGCUGCUGCUGGUGAUGCUGAAGCUGCUCCUGUUGCUGACGAGACUGCUAAGGAAACCACUGAGGCAGACAAGGCAGGCAAGUUGGCUGCGGAGGGCGAGAAGGCCAAGAAGAGCGUCAAGGACUCCGAGCCUCGCUACAAGAACGACAAGAAGGACUUCCUCAAGCGUCUCUUCAACAAGCUCAAGAAGAAGAACCCUCACGACAGACCUGCUGCCGCUCCCGUGGAGUCUGACAGGGAAAGUCCCGCUCCAAAGGAACAGGCUACCGAUGCCGCGAAGGCUGCCGUGGCCCUGCAAUCUGCUGAGGAGACCGCCGAGCCCGCGUCGAGCGACGCUGCUGCUGCCGCUGCUGCUGCUUCUAGCGAGAAGAAGGAGGCUCAAUUGCCUGAGGUCGAGAACGCACACGACGACGUCGAAGCUGCUGCGAGGGCUUUGGGUGAAAGGGCCGAUGAGGCGGUGGCUGCCACCAAGGAAGCCAUUGAGGCCAAGUGA